AUGGUGUUAUCAAACGUGAAGUCGUAUUUAGCUUCAGGAAAUUUGAACGACCUUCAAAAAGUUUCAAGUUCUUUGAGAACUACGCUGGAUAAUAAACUGAGAGAUCCCGAUUUCUCAGUUUUAUUAGAUGAAGGCGCUGUGAAACGAAACGAAGAAGCUGAAAGUUUCAUCCCAAAGGAUCAUCUGCUAGCCAUCAGCUGCAAGGAUAAUUCUAUUCGGGCUCUCAGGAUAGUUUAUAAUUGCUAUAAUCCUUUGACAAUACAUUGUUUAAACAAUGCAGUGAUUAAGGCAGUGACAGACAGUGAUUGUUUAUACAGCAGUGCUUCUCUGGCUGUUUCAGACACAGGUCUUUCGGCAGCAGAUCUUGUACAGAAGGAAGCUAUUCUUAUGUGCAGUAAAAAUAUAUGGUCAUCUUUUAUCUGUAUACUUGCCCUUACCAGUGUAUUAAAAAGAAAUAUUUCAACUUUAUAUCCUGAUUGUGUUUCCAUUAAAUUGAGUAAAGCUACGUUAAAGCGUCCUGCUCAAUAUUUUCAAGCUAGGUUGCCAUACUUUAUGAAAACAACUGAAAACGUAUGUGUCUCAUCACCAAAUUUUUCCUCUUCAUUAGGCCAAACAACAUUAGUUAAUCAAUGUGGUUAUAUUGAUGGUAUUGGAAAAUAUGAUGUAGGCACUUAUUACAAGCAAGCUCCACACCUUAGUGAUCAUGAUAUAGUCACAUAUGUUGAUAACUACGAUGGCCCUGAAGAAAUGGAAUCACUGUUGAAAAGAAUAGUCAGGGAAGAAGUAGAGCGAGCUCUCUCCUCAAAUCCUUCCAGUAGUACUUUUGCACCACCAAAUCAAUCAAAGUUCAUAAAUUCUUUGUCUUCCUUUUUUGGUACAAAUUUUAUCACAAGAUUUUCCUUUUCAUUCGAUACGGCACUUAGAAGAUCGAUUCACAAAAUUUUGUCCACUAGGUUUAUUCUUAUUUUUACUUUUGUAGGCGUUCAACAUUGUUACUGUGAAGUUGAAGAUAUCCCUGAUGUAGAUGUACGCGAGAGAUUAUUAGUGAUUCGUAACUGUACUGAAUCAGAGACAUUUCGCCAACACCUGAAUGAUUUUAUAGAGCGAUUCGAUUUUGGAUACACAAAAGUGAAUCCUGCUAUUAGUGAAAAAGAAGAGUUGUUGAAAACCAUUUCACAUCACUGGAUUAUUUCCUCGAAGUUGGAAGAGUUACAAAAAUUUCUGAAUGGGCUUUCGUGUGAGGGGGUACUCGAAAUCCUUCGCAAGCAUCCUGAGGAAACUAUGAAGAAGUUCAUGUAUGCAAGUGUUUCAUCUGAAGAUGUGAAGUCAAUUUUCAACGUGGUUUACACCGGAAAAAUCGAAAUCGAAGAGGACAUUAUUUAUAACCUUAAAAACUUUGUGGAUGAAGUAGGGUUUGGAAGAGUGAAAGAAAAGAGUGCUGUCAAUGUUCUUGCCCUCGAAGAAUCUCCUUUGAAUUCAAAUCCAAAUAUGUCGUCGAAAGUCAUCACAUUGGAGGACUUCCUAUUCUUUCUAACAGGGUCAAAAUUUUUGCCCAAUAGGAAGGUUGAUGUCAGUUUUAAUCAUCACAGUUUUGGAAACGAAAGAGUAAGAGUGAGCACAUGCGAAUUGUGGAUUCGAUUUCCUGUUACAAAACGGUACAUGGAUGGAGAAGUCUUCACUCAAAAUAUCCUUGAUGACAUUUUAGAUUCACCAGGCUUUGCCGGAUGUCGUCUAUACAGUCCCAACUUGGAAAGCGUUCUCUUCAAGGUAGACAAACUCACAAACACAUCAUGCUGUGCUGCUAAGAAUCCCAGGAUUUCUAGAUUACUAAAGCCUUGUCCAAAGUAAGAAGUUAUUAAAGCAUCUCUAUCAAAACAUUUUGAACUUAAACAAGGCAGAUACGAUGUCGCCAUGUUGUUUCCUGCCCCGCAAACAAAGCAAUGAAAAUUUAACAAAAUCAGGACCAGAUGGAAAAUAUCGAUUAAAUUUGUGCCAAAAUGCUCUCGCGGGCGUGAAUGAAUUUUUCCUUGCGCGUAUUAAUACAAUGGUGCGUGCAUCAAAGCUGUGCGUGCAAGACUAUAACUUGAGCGCGCGUAAAUUAAAGCACUUAUG